AUGUAGAAUCUAUUGUAUAGUUUUGUAUCUAAUGUCAUGGUAGAUGUAUUCUAUAUCAAAUAAUGAGCAUGGGAGAAGGAUGGGACAUAAAAUAGAAUAAUAAUUUAUAGGUCCUUUUAUGGAAUAAUCUUUUUCUUAGUUUCAAUCCCAUCCCUUUGUAGUCUGUGCUGCAAGAGAGAAGGAAAGGGAAGGACUCUAUCUUGGGUCACUUCAACUCGUCCUCCGGGCGCCGUCUCAUUUGUUCUUCUAAUCGAUCUUCGACCUCGCUUCGAAUAGAACGGAAGACAGAAGCCAUGUCUUCUCCCAGCAAGCGCCGUGAAAUGGACUUGAUGAAACUGAUGAUGAGUGAUUACAAGGUGGAGAUGAUAAACGAUGGGAUGCAGGAGUUCUAUGUUGAUUUCCAUGGACCCAAAGAAAGUCUUUAUCAAGGAGGCGUGUGGAAGAUCAGGGUGGAAUUGCCUGGUGCUUACCCUUACAAGUCUCCUUCCAUUGGAUUUGUCAAUAAGAUCUAUCAUCCGAAUGUAGAUGAAAUGUCUGGUUCAGUUUGCUUGGAUGUCAUCAACCAGACAUGGAGCCCCAUGUUUGAUCUUAUAAAUGUUUUCGAAGUCUUCCUUCCACAGCUUCUUUUGUACCCCAAUCCAUCUGAUCCGUUAAAUGGAGAAGCUGCUGCGCUGAUGAUGCGUGAUCGACCUGCUUAUGAACAAAAAGUUAAAGAAUAUUGCGAGAAAUAUGCAAAGCCCGAUGAUGCUGGUGCUUCCCCAGAAGAAAAUUCAAGUGAUGAAGAGCUGAGUGAAGAUGAGUAUGGUUCCAGUGAUGAGGAUGUAGUGCCUGGGAAUCCAGAUCCUUAAGCUUGCAUAUCCCAUCUGAUACCCUAAUUCCUGUUUGUAUCAGUUUAUUGUGUUACUGUGUAGAUAAACCUACUUUCUUAUCAUGUUGUUUUGAAUUGUCUUGGUGAUGGAAACUUCAACUGGGCAUACAUGAACUGGAAUUGUGGAUCAGUUAUGUAACAUGUGUGCAUAUGUCCAUGCAUGCAUUUUAACAUGCCCCAUGGAUACUCUCUCUCAAAAAAAAAAAAGAGUAUGCUGAGUUGGACCGAAGUCUGAGUUUAUAUUUGACUCAAGUUAAGGGAUACUAAAAAUCCCAGCAGGACACAAGUUGAGUUUAAUGGUUAGGUUUUCAUGAUUGUUACAGAUAA